UGCUCGUUAUAGUGCGGAGCUCUCUUGAUUUACACGAAAGGGGGUUCUGAAAUACAGAGGCCCGUCUUCGAUUCAUAAGUGAUCGUCAGAUCUGCGUAUAUCUGCUAUAAUCUGUUUGAGAGUACCUUGUGCUGCUUGUGCUGGGAAACAGCCCCCGAGGAAAUGAACUCAACUCGGAGGAGUAGAAAAAUGAAGCAAUAACAUUUUGUGAGAGGCCAUUGUUACCAUGGCAGUGAUACCUGAAUCUUACAGCCAUGUAUUGGCAGAGCUUGAAUGCCUUAGUCCCCUGCUUUCUGCUCUCAGGCUGGAUUCUAGUCGCCUGAAGUGCACAUGUAUAGGAGUUUCUCGAAAAUGGUUGGCACUAGGUAGCUCAGGUGGAGGCCUAAAUCUCAUCCAGAAAGAUUGUUGGAAACAGAGGCUUUUCCUCACUCAUAAGGAAGGUGCCAUUUCCUGCGUUGCCUUUUGUUUACAUGAUGAGGAUUAUGUUGCUGUAGCUACCAGUCAAGGCCUUGUUGUUGUGUGGGAAUUGAAUCAAGAGCGUCGUGGGAAGCCAGAGAGGAUUUAUGUCUCUUCUGAGCACAAAGGCAGAAAAGUAACAGCUCUUUGUUGGGAUACUAAUGCACUUCGUGUUUUUGUUGGUGAUCAUGUGGGGAAAGUGUCUGUGAUCAAGAUUAAUUCCUCCAAACAAGGAAAGGCUGCCACUGCAUUUGUGAUGUUUCCCAUUCAUAUUAUAACCAUGGUUGAUUCUCGUGUGGUUCAGCUUGAUUAUCUGGAUGGCAGGUUGCUUAUCUCUUCUCUUACUCGCUCUUACUUAUGCGACACAGAGAGGGAAAAGUUUUGGAAGAUUGGAAAUAAGGAAAGAGAUGGUGAAUAUGGAGCUUGUUUUUUUCCAGCUGGAAAGAGUUGUGCAAAUCAACAGUCAUUGAUAUAUUGUGCAAGGCCUGGUUCGCGGAUGUGGGAGGUGAACUUUGAAGGGGAAGUACUAAGUACACAUCAGUUCAAACAAUUGUUGUCAUCGCCACCUCUUCCUGUUGUUACUAUCAGGGAUGAUGCAGAGUAUAACAUUUCUGCAUGCUCUCCUCAGUCCUUGGCAUUCCCCAGGCUGCUUUAUUUAAGUGAGCACUGUAUAAUGACAUGGACAGAAAGAGGCAUUUAUAUUUUCAUUCCUCAGAAUGUCCAAGUUCUGCUCUGGAGUGAAGUGAAAGAUAUCUAUGAUAUUGCAGUAUAUAAAAAUGAACUCUUCUGCUUACAUACCAAUGGAAAAGUGUCUCAUCUCUCCCUUCUGACAGUUGAAAAAUGUGUAGAACGAUUGCUUAAAAGAAGCUUUUGGACUCUUGCAGCCAAAACAUGCUGUCUUUUUGAGAAUUCUAUUGUUUUGUGUCGGGCAAGAAAGAUUCUUCCUGUAGAUAAGCUGGAACAUCUGAAGUCACAGUUGGAUCUUUCAACAGAAACUGAUCUCAUUACUCAACUUGAAGAACUGAUCUCAAAACUUGAGCCUUUAGAUUCUGCAUGCAGUAGCCGAAGAAGCAGUAUUUCUUCACACGAAAGCUUCAGUGUAUUAGAUUCUGGAAUUUAUCGUGUUAUUAGUAGAAGAAACAGUCAAUCUGAUGAAGAUUCUUGUUCCUUGCAUAGCCAAACCUUAUCAGAAGAUGAAAGGCUGAAAGAAUUUCACAUACAACAAGAAGAAGAGCAGCUUGAACAUGACAGCAUAUCUCAUGCUUCUGUGGUGGUCGACAAUGUUCGGAAUGAGACUUUUCUUCCAUUCAGUAUUCCAUUGUCAUUCCGUUCCCCAUCUCCUCUCGUCUCCCUUCAAGCUGUUAAGGAAAGUGUUUCUAGUUUUGUACGCAAAACCACAGAGAAGAUCGAGAAAAUUGGUACCCUUCAUCUCAAUCCUGAAAGAAUCAGACAAGACAUUAAAGAUGAAGAGCCGCUCUCAGAAGUGCCUGCCAGAAUAGAAGCACAGCCUCUGGAAAAAGAAGUUGAGCUACAGAGCCAGCCUCCAGAAGGGGAUUGCCUUAAAGACCUCAAAGCAGUAACUAGAGAAACUCUGGCCAGACUGCAGGAUCCACUUGUUUUCUUACAACCACAGUACUUGAGGGCAGUUUUGCUGGAUUGGAUUCCAUUUCUAGAAGAAGCCUGUGGAUUAAAAACAGCUGUCAUUUUAGAUAAUGGGACAACUGAGAGAGACAAAGAAAUGCCUUUGCAACCUGAAGACAGAACUUUUCAAGAAAAUGUGCUAAAGGAUCAACAUAAUGAACUUGAAGAUAUGGAACUGAACACAGUAUUGAGAAUAAACUGUGAAAGUGAAAAUCCAAAUGCAGUACAGGGUGAAACUUGGAAAGAAAAUACUAAUUCAAGUACAAAUGAUCGGGCUGAUAAUAUACUACAUGAACAGCCUUUGAGAACAGACAUAGUUUUCAACCAGACUUAUCAGAUUAAUCCCCCAUUUUUUAUAGCACAGAACAUUCAAAAAUAUCUGAUAGAGCUGACAACUUUAUGUUUUGAAUUAAAUAUAUAUGAAAGUUCACAAGUAAAUAAGGAACCGUGUGUGUUACCAGAUGUUUCAUGUUCCCUGGCUUCUAAAUUCAUUAGGGACUAUUUUUUCCUCCUUGAUUUAGAAAGGCUGAAGAGGUGUAUUAUUACCUGUCACAACAAUCAUCCUGAAGUUUGGGACGCCUAUAUGGAAGGUCUGAAAGAACUGACUCUGACUAGCCCUGUGACAGCGGCACUUGAAAAUGGAGAGAUGUUUAAAACACUGAAAUUGCUAGUUGAUUUGGGGCCCUGGGAUGCUCCUGUUUUGCUGGCACAUGCUGAAAGGCUUUAUAAAAAAUUUGGAGAAACUUCUCUAAGGCCUUUGAUCAAGUUUUACCCUUUGAUUGUACCUUCAGAUAUCAAGCAAAUUUGUAAAAAUAAUCCUGAACAUUUUCUAGCAUAUUUAGACAGCCUUAUAAAAUCAAAGGCUGAAGAUGAACGUUUGCCAUUCCUUAGAUCUCUUCUCCAUCCUGAUUCAUUACAAUUAGAGUGGCUGUGUUUGGCAAUGUCUCAUGAUGCCCCACAUAAAACAAGCACAAUGGAUGCCCAAGGAAAUCCACGGCCACAUUCGCAUUUAUUUACUUGGGGUUACAAUCAAUUGAUUGUACUUUUGCUUAAUCUUCCGGCUGAUGUUGUAAGGAAGGAGAAGAUGACUGACAUAUGUCAAAGCUAUGGCUUCUGGCCUGGAUAUCUUUCUCUGUGUUUGGAGUUGGAUAGAAGAUCUGAAAUAUUUGCUAAUAUUGUUCAUUUGGAUGAUAUGGAGUUGUUGAACACCAAAGAUGGGACAGUUCCAAAGACAACAGAAGAGUGGAAGUUCCUUCUUUGCCUUGUGAAGAAUCAUCAAAACAUCCUUGUUUCACAAGAUGACACUGCUGUUAGUAAUGGUACUCCUGGAUGGUCAAAUCCUGUUACUGUUGAAAAUGUUGCACUCCUUGCAGCCAGAAUAAUUGGCCCAGAUCGUUCUUUGCAGCUGUUACAGGAAUGUGAUUUGGGAGCUGAAUUAUCAGAAAGAUUUGCCAAGAUCUGUGAGAUACUACGAAUUGCUGAAAAACGGCAAAGAGCCCUGAUCCAGUCCAUGCUAGAAAGAUGUGACCGAUUUCUGUGGUCUCAACAAACAUAAAAAACAUUCUGGAAUAAAAAGACAGUGAUAAGAACCAUUUUUUCCUACAUUGUGCCAUUUUAAAGAAAAAAUUUCCUGUGUAGAAAAGGCAUAGUAAUGAAUAUAAUAAAGCCUUUUUUCAAUUAGA